ACCUCAUCGACAUUCUCAAGGAAUAUUAAUUUAUAUUUAUAUUAAUUUCAAUGUUGAGUUCUAUCAUUAUUGCACAAAUUUUAUGAACAUUUAGUCUCGAGUAUACUUCAAAGAAUGGCUGAAGUACUUAAUAGAUCACUGUUUUCUGCUGAAGAUAUCGAAUACCGUUUUUGCGAUCCUGAACAUCUUAACUUACAAUCCGAGAGACAACUCACAUCCAUAUCUACCGACCAGUUAUCAAAAAUAGCACCUUGGAGAAGAUUUCUAGAAGAGACAACAACUACAGAUGACAUAGAAUCUGAUAAUCUUUUUGAUCUUCCAGAACAGAGUGCUAUUGAUGAAGAUUGUCAAAUGCUCAUAGAUGAAGUUGAAAUUCCUGAAGAAAGAAAAGAACAAAUGCUGCUGGCUGUUCGAACAGUCAUCACUGUUUACAGCAAAAGUGAAAAAGAAACUUAUAAAUCUGGAAAUGGAUGGAUUUAUUUAUUAGGUCAAAUAAUAUCAACAACUGAUUCAACCUUGGAUAUUUUUAUCAUAUUUAAAAAAAUAAGAGACACAUACGUUCCAACACCACGAACCCAUGGAUUUAUUUUGAAACUUCUACUACGUUAUCAUGAUCCAAGCUUUUAUAGUUGGAUUAAUGACCAUGAUAUUUCUUUAGAUCAAUGCACUGAGUCAUGGUUUAACUCAUUGUUUGCACAAAAUUGUACUAAACAAGUAUGUAAUCUCAUAUGGGAGGCUUUUGUCAACCACCAAGAUUCAUUUAGAAUUUUUUUCAUUGCCUUAUCAAUCAUUCUCCUACAGAAAAGCAACUUGGAGAAGAUGGCAAUAAAUGCCAAAGAAAAAAUCAAAGAUACAAUUAGACUAUUUCCUAAUUUUAUCAACACUCAAGAUCUGAUAGAUGUUUUGGAGAAUACCAAAAAGUUCGAUCUUAAUACACCUCCUUUCUUUAGAGAAGCAUUUGGAUCUUUUAUGUUUGGAGAUGAUCGAGAAUCAACUCCUAAAUGGCUACCUUUGUUGCUACCAUUAUCAGUGACUUCAAUGUUGGAAAAUCUUCGUGAUGUGCGAGUACCAACUAUUGUAUCUGAUUAUUUUAUUGUAGAUUGUCGACCUUCCAAUCAAUAUGCAGGUGGUCAUUUUUCAUUCAAAUAUAAAUACCAUCUAGAUUGCAACUCAUUAAUCAAAUUAUCCUCUGGAACAUACGCCAUCAAUGAUAUUCAAUUGUUGAUAGAAAGAAUAGAAGCAGCACAAAAUGUUUCACAAAAUAAAGAAAUCCAUAUUUGUUUGAUGGGCAGUAAUUUGGUUACCAAUGAUAAAUGUGUCCAUACACUAGCUCUAAAGCUUUUGAAGAAGAAUAUUAAAUAUGUCAGUAUGCUGUAUGGUGGAUAUGAGAUCAUUCACAAUACUCUGAAAAAACAGAAAGAAUUUGACAAGUAUGUUAUUGAUCAUAAUGAAAGAAAAUGUAUUGUUUGCAAUCCAAUGAGAAAAAAGUUUACGACACAAAUAAAGAAGAAGUUCAUGAAAUCUAAGGAAAAAUUGUUGACUUGUGUCAAUCUAAUGGAUGGUAAUUGUGAAGAUAAUUCAAAAGAUAUUGAAUAUAUAUUUACUGAAGACAAUAAAAUCGUUGCUGCUAAAGAACCAGUUGGGCGAACUCGUAGCACAGUUUCGAUAGAAAGUGAUAUUCAUGGAGUAGGAAAUCCAAGCAUUUCUAAUCGAUCAAACCUUUCGACAGAUAAUGAUAGCUCGCAGCUUCAUAUUCAGUUUAAAAUAGUCUUGAAAGAUGAAUGGCUGACAUUACCAAAUGUGAUGGAAUUUAAAUGUAAAGAAAUUACAUCAGAUGGAGAGACACUUCCAAGUCUAUUGCUAGUAACUGAUACACAUCUCGUCCACCUCAGAUUAAUCAAAGAUUUUGAAGACAAUGCAUAUUUAAUAGUUAAUUGUCAUCUUUUUUACAUUGAGCGCAUCCGAGGAAGUACGAGUAAUAAAAAUAUGAUGAUUAUUUCAUUUGAUACCACACAUGAUAAUAGAAGUACACCGGAAAAACAUCUAGUGCCUUAUGAAGAAAUCAAAUAUAGAAUGAAAGAGAAAGAAAAAUUUACUCAAGUCAUUAAUGCAAAAUUUAAGACAUUACAAGGUUGAUAUUUAAAGUGAUGUAAAACUUAAAAAAUUGAGUUGAAGUGAUAUGUUAAGAUUAAAAUAUUUAAUGGAAUGAAAAGAUGAAUUUGUAUUUAUUAAGGAGUGGAUGGGAAGGAUUUGAUGAAAUAAAAAGACAAGAAUUUAUAAAAAAAUUUUUUUUUUUUUUUAUUAUAGUGUACACUUGACCGGCUAGAUGUUUUUAGCUGAUCAUAAUAAAAAUAUAUAAUACUUUUUGUUCCGAAACAGUCUUGAAAAAUAAAAUUAUUUACAUUAACCUAAACUUAACCUAUGACCAGUCUUAGGAGUUCCUUUUUUUUUU